AUGGGGGACGAGGCGGCGGCCUCGGGGAGCCGGCGGGCGCUGCCGCCCGAGCUGGUGCGCGAGGCGGACAGCAGCCUGCUGGAGUGCAAGGUGUGCUUUGAGCGGUUCGGCCACCGGCAGCAGCGGCGCCCGCGCAACCUGCCCUGCGGACACGUGGUGUGCCUGGCCUGCGUGGCCGCCCUGGCGCACCCGCGGACGCUGGCGCUCGAGUGCCCCUUCUGCCGGCGAGCCUGCCGGGCCUGCGACACCAGCGACUGCCUGCCGGUGCUCCACCUCCUGGAGCUGCUGGGCUCCACCCUGCCCCACCGGGCCCCGUGCGCCCCGGCGGCUGCGGGGGCCGCGCCGAGCGCCCCGCCCGGGACCCUCACCUGUCAACACGCCUUCGGCGGAUGGGGGACCCUGGUCAACCCCACGGGGCUGGCACUGUGCCCCAAGACCGGACGGGUGGUGGUGGUGCACGACGGUAAGAGGCGGGUGAAGAUCUUCGACUCGGCCGGAGGCUGCGUCCAUCAGUUUGGAGAGAAGGGCGACGCGGCGCCCGACGUGAGGUACCCGCUGGACGUCACGGUCACCCACGACGGCCACGUGGCGGUCACCGACGCGGGCGAUCGCUCCCUCAAGGUGUUUGAUUUCUUGGGCCAGAGCAAGCUGGUCGUCGGAGGAGGCCGGUUCUCUUUGCCUUGGGGUGUGGACACCACCCCUCAGAACGGGCUGGUGGUCACCGACGCCGAGCGAGGGGCCCUGCACCUCCUGGAGGUCGACUUCGCCGAGGGGGUUCUUCGGAGAACCGAGAGGCUGCAGGCUCAGCUGUGCAACCCCCGCGGGGUGGCUGUGUCCUGGCUCUCCGGGGCGGUGGCCGUCUUGGAGCAUCAUCCCUCGGCCCCGGAGACGGGGCCCUGCACCACCAGGGUGAAGGUGUUCAGUUCUACCAUGCAGCUGAUCGGUCAGGUGGAUACCUUUGGGCUGAGCCUCUUCUUUCCCUCCAGAAUCACCGUGUCCGCCGUGACCUUUGACCACCAGGGCAAUGUGAUCGUGGCAGACACCACAGGCCCAGCCAUCCUGUGCUUGGGGAAACCUGAGGACUUUCCAGGGCUGAGGCCCAUGGUCACACACGGGCUUUCUCAUCCCGUGGCACUGGCCUUCACCAAGGAGAAUUCUCUCCUCGUGCUGGACACUGCAUCACAUUCUAUAAAAGUCUAUAAAGUGGACUGGGGGUGA